CAGCGUUCACGCGAGUAUUGCAUUUACCUCUGCAUAAUUUCGCUCCUUCAAUUCGGAACAGGAACCUGUGGUCUCGGUGAAAGUUAAGCAGACAUGAGCGCCUCAGAUUCAACGGCGCAACCAGGCGUAGGCUGGGAUGAAGCACAGUGCAUGGCAGCGCUUGCACAACUCGAGCAGUUACAGACACAGAUCGACGAUUUGCGCCUUGCGAUACCCAGAAUAAUCGAGCCCUUCCACCGUCCACCGAACCCGUCAACCUUCAAAUUAUAUUCACAAGGCGUCAUCGGCUCCCAGAACGGUAUAAAAGCUCUCAACGAUGCAUGGAAAGCUCCAGACGUACAGGAGAUUCUUGCGCAUACCAGGAAGAGCUACGAAACAAAUACAGAUUUGUCGUCCUCUAUAUCAAUACCCUCGCAUGGUUGGAUAGAAAGAGAACGUCGUGAGCGAGAGUCGCGCAAAGGCAAUGGGCAGCACACGGCUGUCGAAGACCACGGUGACAACUUGGACAACGAGACAAUACUGCGCAUCGUGGCGGAAAUCCAAAAGGCACAACCGAACGUCAACAUAGAGGCCCAGAACGACAACCGCAGCAUAGUUAUUCAAUUUGUCGCUAACUCCCUAAGGCUUUCUUUCAAAGUCAACAUCGAGCGCGAAGGCGACGCGCGACAUAGACUCAUCGCAGAGUGCUUAGGGACUUCAGAGCCCUUCUUGUCCAUUACGCGGUGUCUAGCUUCACGACCAUGCGCAGAAGAUCUGAUGUCCCUUCUAAACAUGAUUGUUGCAUACAAGACAGUGAAAGGCACAUCCUGUGCUAGAUGCACGAAGUUACUUGACGACACUACUCUGAUUCCCACCGCCAGAAGAAACAAGCACAUCACCGGCGCCAACGAUACCCUAGAAACCGUUUGGGAAGCAUUCCAUGAGGGUUGUUUGUGAGAUGACCCUCAGCGAUACACU